AUGACAAAUAAAAAUGUCAUCUUCGACUUCCAGCGCGAGAUCGUACGUUAUUGUCGAAAUGACGUAGAUAUUUUACGACGUGCUUGUGUAGCUUUCCAAAAAAUAUUUUUAGAGCGCGGCGGUGUGCAUCCUUUCGAAGAAUGCACGACUAUCGCUUCCACGUGUAUGAAAGUUUUUCGAAAGAACUUUCUUCGCGAGGGGGAAAUAGGAAUCAUCCCGCCGGGCGGAUACAGAAACGUCGAUAGACAAUCGCGCAAAGCUUUACAAUGGUUAGUGUGGAAGGAGCGUGAGCUCGGUCAUCCCAUAAACUAUGCCGGGCGAGGUCGCGAGCGUUUAAUCGGCGGUAGCCACGUAGACGGAUAUUACGAGACAAAAUUGGGGACUGAAAUUCAGCGUUUCGUUCUCCAAUUUCACGGGUGCUUCCGGCACGGUUGCCUUACUUGCUUCCAAGUGAAUCGUGACAGUAAGCUUUCAACUGCUAACCGCGACGAUACGAUAGAAACGCGUUACGAACGAACUAUCGCAACGACAUGGCGUCUUCGCCGGCAAGGAUAUCAGGUGAUUGAAAAAUGGGAGUGCGCUUUCGACCGAGAGAUGAGGGCAAAUAACGAGAUGCGUAAUUUUCUCAAACAUCACCCUAUACUAAAAUCUGCGCCUCUCGAUCCGCGUGACGCGUUUUUUGGUGGCUGCACGGAAAAUAUCGUAACUCGACUCGAAGUAGCGGGGUACGCGGAGAAAAUACGUUACGUGGACUUGUGUUCUCUGUAUCCUUACGUAUUAAAGACGGGUGUUUUUCCGAUCGGCCACCCUGAAAUCUAUAUCGGAGCGGAAUGCUCGUCGUUAAUCGGCGACGGACCAGGGUAUAAUUUCGACCCGGUCGAAGGUCUUGUACGUUGUCAAGUACUCCCACCCCGCAAUCUCUUUCACCCGGUACUCCCGUAUCGUGUGCGCGGAAAAUUGCUGUUUGCGUUGUGCCGGAGUUGCUGCGAAAUGUUCUCGCAGUCCGCGUGCACUCACGAACAUCCUGACGAACGUGAAUUCGAGGGUACUUGGGUAUCAUGCGAAUUACGUAAAGCCAUCGAGAAAGGUUAUCUUGUGAGGCAAGUAAAUGAAAUUUGGCAAUACAAAGUUGCUCGCUACGAUCACGAUACGCGGCAGGGCGGAUUGUUCACCGGAUAUAUAAAUUCCUUUUUGCAAUUAAAGCAGGAAGCUAGUGGAUGGCCGAGCAAAUGUGUAGAUGACGAGAGUAAAGCACGAUACCUUCGUGAAUAUGAGGAAAUCGAAGGUAUUACACUUGAUAGAAACAACAUCUCACGUAAUCCUGGCUUGCGCUCGGUCGCGAAGCUCUGUUUAAAUUCCUUCUGGGGAAAAUUCGGCCAACGAUCGAAUCUUCCUAGUACCGAGAUCGUAGAAUCGCCUUAG